GCAGGAAAUAAAAGAAAGAAAGAAAGAGAGAGAAUUUAGGGAAGGGGAGAAGAAUACCUAGAUUGUUCGAUCGAUCGAUCGAUGGUGCCUCAAAGAUCUAUCGAGUCUUGUACGCUGAAGCUACAAAGCUGGAGCCCUUUUCGAUUAUCCAAAACCCUAGAUUCCGAUUCUCCCAAACCCUGCUACUCCUCAUCCACCAAUGGCGCCAACAAUAAUAAUAACAACAACUAUAGCAAACGUCCCUGCCGCGCCGAUCGAGCCACAUCCUUUACAAUCGACGCGAUUGAUAUGUCGAGACUGAGCUUAAUUGACGACGAUCGGACCGUUUCUUCCCAUAACAAGCGAUGGUUCGCUAGGAAAAGGAGAAGGAGAGGAUCCAGAUCGGUAUCGGGUCGGAGCAGCGACAGGAGCGGGAAUAGGCGUAGAUGUUGUUCGGUCGGUGCUUCGGCUGCUUACGGCACCUGUUCGGAUAUUCCGGUGACUGUGGCGGGGACGGAUUCUAGCGGCGAAUUGUUCUUGAAUGGUGAUUUGAAUUGGGGAUCGGAUGUGAGCGAGGCUAAUGCUGCUGCUGCUGCAGCUGCUAGGAAUAAUCAUCAUAAUAAUCAUAAUAAUUCGAGUGGGGAGAAAGAGAAUUCAAGUUUGGGUCAUGGACAGAUGGAGAAUAAUCAAGGAAACGAAUCUGGUUAUGGUAGUGAACCUGGAUACAGGGGAGAUGCUGAAUUUGGGUAUGGUGAUGAGUUUGAUGAGGAAGAAGAUGAUCAACAAAGAGUUCUCUUUUGGGGUCAUCAUCCAGAAUCUAAUGUAGAGAUGGUGGCGGGUGGUGAUCAGAAUACGUUGCAGAAAGCCCACCAUAGAUGCAGGCGAAAGAAGCAAUCAGAUGUGAGGAUGGUGGAUUCUUUGGCCUAGGCUAAGUAAGUAAGAACAAAUAUUAAACCCUAAACCCCAUUUUUGUUGUAUCAGAACGAUUAUGAACCAUUUUAUCUUCAUUAUCGCAUUGAAUUGAAUUGAAUUGAU